AAAACCCUCCGUCCAACAGCUUUAAAAAGCAAAGCAUCACGCAGCGUUGCCGUGUGGGGUGACCGGCUACGGCAAGCUGAGCGGCCGUCGGUAAGCUCUAGGUAGCCACCACCCAUCAGUCCCCCAAGAGGAAGCUUCGUCCUCGGGCACAGACUUCAGGAAUCCAAUCCUCUCGCAUCCAACAUGGAUGAGACAGAUGUGGAACAGGUCACCCUGGCCUUACUGGAUGCAGCUAAUGAUAAAGACUCAGAGGUCCAGGAACAGGUUAGGAAGUCCAUGUUGACCCUGGGAAAACAAAGGUCAGACAGAGUGCUUGCCAUGUGUCAGGACUACCUCCUGAAACACCCAAAGUUAAUAGUGAGCCACAGAGUGGUGAUUCUUCAGACCAUUGAGCUGAUCGUUGCCAGCAAGAUAGAGGAAAUCACCAACCCAAGGACGAAGAGCAUCAUCUCUCUGGCCUCGGACGAGAUGACAAGAUCUAAGGAAGUGGUCCCUGAUUGGCAGCAGGCAGCGAGUAACAUCCUGGUCGCUGUGGGUAACAAGCACAUCAAUGACAUCAUGGAGGAGAUUCUGAGCAAGUUUCAGCCCGGGGUCCUACCACACUUCUUUGUGGUCCAGACACUAGCCAAUCUCUCUGAUUCAAAUGUCUACGGUAUGGUGCCGUUCCUUAAUGCCAUCCUGGGCACAAUGCUACCCAUGCUGGGCAUGGCGAAACAGGACAACAUGAAGUGGGUCUUUUCGUCUGCUUUGUGUCAUUUCAGCGACAGUAUCUUGGAGUACCUGGCCAACCUGGACAAAGCUCCAGAUCCCACAGUCAGGAAAGACACCUUCUCCAGUGAAAUUUACGCAGCUUAUGACACACUCUUUAAUAGUUGGCUACAAAGCAGGGAGUCUAAGUUGAGGAUAACAGUGGCUGAGGCACUGGGCUCUAUGUGUCACCUUAUGGCCAGCGAUAAAUUAGAGGAGCAGAUUCCCAAACUCAUUCCUGCUAUUCUUUCCCUUUACAAGAAGAAUGCCGAGCACUACAUCAUCAGCAAGAGUGUGUGCAACGUGCUAGAUGCUUCUGUCAACAUGGGCAGCAGAGUGCUAGAGACACAACUGGACGGUCUUCUUUCUGCAUUGCAUCAACAGGUGUGUACCCCUGUUGACUACAGCAACCCACCAACUGUCAAGAACCACAAUGAGGUCCUGCGCUGCUUCAGCUUGUUAGGCAACUCCUUUCCGGACCGACUGGUGGUCUAUAUUCUUCAGAAGUUGGAGAACAAUAAUGAGAGGAACAGGAUGGGUUCCCUGGCCGUCAUUCGCCACCUUAUCAAUUCUACCACUUCCGCACUGGAGACCAAGAAGUUUAUGAUUUUAGCGAGCAUCAGACCACCAAUGGCUGACCACAGCAAUAAGGUGAAGAAGCGUGUGAUCCAGGUGAUCAGUGCCAUGGCUCAUCAUGGCUACCUGGAGUUAGAAGGGGGAGAGCUAUUGAUUCGAUAUAUUGUUCAGAAUUGUGCCUUGCCCGACACAUACCAGCGUGGCCAGAAGCCUACAGAUCCAGAAGAGGUGACUAAUGAGGCAUUACGAAGUAUGUGUGACAACACCCUGCACCUACUGACCACUACUAUUGGGCAUCUUGCUGACGUGCUAUGGCCCAUGUUGUUCUACUAUCUGACUCCAGCGCAGUAUAGCAAUGCCUCCACGCCACUGUGUAAGAGCCUGAUAGUUCUGGGCAACAAGAUGAGAAAUAACCAGGAGGCCAAUUUUUAUGUAGACUUUACACAGCAAGACAAUCUGCCCUCUGCUCAAACUCUGAUGAUCAGACUGCUGGUGAACACAGCGUUCCCGUUCCAUUGCAGAGGUCAUGGAGCUCCCUCUCUCUCUCUCCUCAGCAUCCUCAGUCUGAAUAUCCACCCCAAUACAGAGAAACUGUGGCAGAAAGAGAUACCUCCACUUCUGUCUCUACUAGAGGAAUCAACAGCUGAGAGUCUGGAUAAAAAGUCCUGGUAUGAGAAGCUGCUGAAGUUCCUGUCCAAAACCCUGGUGGCCAUUCAUAAUGACAAGUGGGUGUGUCAGCUGGCAAAUGAGGCAACACGAUAUCUCUCCACCUAUAACCACGCUUUAGAAGAGAAGAGUUUCCUGUAUCAGUGUCUAGGAGUUACUCUUCAGCAAUGUAACAACAAGGAGGUGGUGAAAAAACUACUGCAGGAAAUCCUGCUCACAGCUCGCCACAACGAUACCAUCGAAAGAGAGGGAGUGGCCUUGGGUAUUGGCCUGUGUGCCAACAGCCACUUGGAAGGAACACUGGCCAAGCUGGAUGAGUUUGGCAAGUCAGACGCCUUCAAGAAAUCUCAGAGCAUCUUCAACCUACUCAAAGAGCGUAGUGAUGUUGAGGUAGAAAAGAUGAAGAGCACGUUGAUCUUAUGUUACGGUCAGGUGGCUCUGAACGCUCCCCCGGAACAGAUAAUCACACGCAUUGACAACGACAUACUGCGCUGCAUCAGUAAACACUUCAACACCAAGGUUCUGGGAAUUAAAAUAGAGACCAAGGACCUGACCAUGAAGCUGAGCUUGAUCCAGAGUGUUGGGCUCAUAGCCAAAGCUAUCAGUGAGUGUGUGAAGAGACAAGGCUACAUCUUCUCUCGCAAACAGGAGCUUAUUGCUGUAAUGCUGGACUUCGUCAAGGCAGAACCUGCUGAUUGCUUGAGGUCGCCACUACGCCAUCUAGUGAUGACAACCUGUGCCAACCUCAUCCCUCUGGAUCCUCCACUAAGUGAAAAUGAGAACUUUGAUUUGCUCAAGGUGUGUGUGAGCAGUGUGUUCUCUCUGCCGGCUGAGACGCACACUCCAGAGAAAACAAAAGAGGAGGAGACACUGGAUCCCAAGCAGAGACAAGCUUUAUACCAGGACACCCUGGCUGCACUGCAGGAACUACUCAAACGUGUACUGGCCAAGGACCCCACACCUGAUGGCCUGCAAAGUAUCUUCAAGCAUAUUGAGUCGUGGGUGAGCUCAAGCCAAGACCAUGAGAGAGAGAGAGCUGUCACCACCACCGCUCACCUGCUGACUUACUAUCUCGAUAACCUUACUGUGAAGAACAUGAUAUCUUUCAACAACCUGGGAGCUAUGCUGGGACGACUGGCUCCUCGAUGUUCUGACCCACAUCUUACUGUACGCAUUGCAGCUAUAGACUGUAUAUACAAACUGCUGUAUAUACAGCUCCGAUAUGAAGGUUUCUACCAUGAUUACAGGGACGAGGGCAUAGAAAGCAUACUGCCCCUGCGUGACAAACUAGAAAACCCCGACCACACUGUUCUCUACAAGGCCUGCUCGGACCUCACAAAGGUAAUGAGCAAGCGUCUGCCCCCGCAGCAGUUGACGACGGUGGUGUUCAUGUUGUUUGAAGGACUAGUGGACAGUCAGGCCAACUGCUGUCGAGCUUCCUCUGUCAUUCUCAAUACUCUGCUGAAGAGCCGAGGAGCUGGGUUACAAGAACUGGUUCCAGAGAUGCUGGAGGUGCUGCAUCUGCGUCUGCAGAGUAUCACAGAAGAGCAGGUGAAAGUGGCAGUGGGACAAACGGUUCUAAUUUUGGCUACCCAGCAUCUUCAGACUGUCAUUAAUACACUUGCCAACCAGCCACUACCGUUUGACAGCUGGACCAGUGAGAUGUGGAUGGCCCUUGGGGCAGAUCCCCUCAUAGCCAAUCAGAUCAUGGAAAUGGUGAUGGAAAAGUUAGGUGUCAUGGCACCUUACGUGGACAAGAAAGAAUCAAUGAUGAGAACGGGGUUUACCAAGGUUGCCAACAGUCAGCCAUUAGCUAUAACCUGUGGUCUUAAGGAGCUGUUACUAAAUGGUCAGAGUCAGGAGGCAGCCGUCACUCUCUUCCCUCAGCUCUUCUCCUGUCUUGUCGUCAGACUGGGAGCCAGUGUCGGGGUGUCGGCCCCGAACAGCAAUAAAAGUGCUGCCUCUUUCCAUGUGGCAGGGGUAGCAGUGGAUGCACUGCGUAUCCUCUUAGCACGCACCCAACUGGAACAGGUGGUUGGAAAGCUGGACGAGGAUAAUGCCUGGGACACAAUGAAGGAAGAGAGUACACACACUGCUGGUAUUACACUUCUGGCCAGGGUGAUGGCUAAGUACGCGGGUCCCAGAUUGCCCUCCAUUGUCGAGUGUUUGUGUCCCUGUCUGAACAACAUCUAUGAAUGCCAGAGGGUCACAGUCACUGCUUUCUUCUCCGAGCUCUUAAACCACCAUGUGGUGACGGAGUUGUUGUUGCUGGAUGUCUUGAUGAACAACAUGAUGGAGAGGAUAUCAGAUCCUUGCAGCACAGUCCGUAUGUUGGCCGUGCGAGGGCUUGGCAAUAUAGGUGUGGGAUCACCUGAAAAGGUCAAUAAGUAUGCCAAGGAGCUGCUGGCAGCCAUGAGUUCAGGCAUGGAGGAGAGGGAUGAUCCAGGCAAGCUGAUAACACUAGAGGCUAUGUCAGGUCUGUCCAAGGUACUCCUCUUUCUGGACAAGAAGAACGUCCAUUUACUAGUGGUCUAUAUCUUCAUGAAGAUCAAACCGUUCCUGGAGAAUGAGAAUGAUGAGAUCCGCUGUGCAUCCAUCCUCCUUCUAGGAAACCUGUCCAAGUUCGGUUCAGGAGAGCCAGUGUUUAAAGACCAGAUCCACAAUGUUCUGGUUAGCCUUCUGUUACACCUUGUUGACCCAAACCCACAGGUAGUCAAGGCAUGUAAGUAUUCAAUGCGUGUAUGUGCUCCCGUGGUCGGUUCAGACCAGAUCACGGCCAUGUUCCAGAACCAUCUUCUUGACGACAAGGGUCUGCAUUAUGGCGAGUUCAUCAAUGAUCUCACUAAAUAUCUGAUCCAGGACUUCCCCGGCAUGCUAAACUUCUACCACAACUCAGUCAUCCAGUUCUUCAAGAGCAACUGGCCUGAGGUCAGAGCAGGAGCUGCUAUGUUUAUAGGGUUCCUGUUGGGGAACCUACCAGAAGAACUUCUGUCACACCUUAACAUGGGCACUAUCACUAAAGGUUUGGUGAUGCUGCUCCAGGAUCCUGAUCCUGUGGUGAGAGUGAAGGCCGCAGAGGCCAUUGGACACUUUCACUGACCCACGUACAAAAUCUGAUCGAGAAGAGGAUGAAAAUGUGUACGUCUGCACGUCUUCUUCGUGAUAUCACUAGUGGCGGGCCACAAUUUGCAGGAAAAGAUGGGAGAAAGUCCAGAAUAUUAGGUUUUCAAAAGACAUAUAAACUAGUACCUAAAAAACGAAAAAGUGAUAGGGAUAACAUCCAGACACGGAUUCAUGGUCAAAAGUCCAAAACAGAGCAGUUUUGGGCUGGAAGAUCCAUUUGAAUUAAUUUGUCAAAACAGGCGUACAACCAAAGCUAAUGCUGCCCCAUUCACCACCGAUGAAGUAAAAUUUUAGAACAAACACUAAAACACGCACACACACACACACACACACACACACACACACACACACACACACACACACACACACACACACACACACACACACACACACACAUAUACACCCUGUCCAUUUGCCACCUUAUUUCGCUUUCUCUGGACAGUUACUAAAAAAAACAAUGACUGUGGUACUUGAAAUAUGAAGUGUUAAGUUUUAACAAUGUUAGUGACCAAAGACUGUGUUCAUCUAUAGAGAAGGACCGUGUAGCAUGUAACGGAGACGCAUGUCCAUUGACUUCUGUCAACGAGUUCAGCCCCAACAGUGAUCGUCAGAGAUGUUGAGAGAUUUAAGAUGACAGCAUCAGAAAUCCGGUCACGUCAGAGCAUCCAGAAGUUUGUCAUUCAAAGGUCAAAACCUUUCUUAAGUACUGUAAAUGAAGUUUCCGGAGAGAAUAUCUAGCCGCUAUAUGGACUGUCUCAGUGAAGGAACAUGACUAGCUGGUAGCGUGAGGAUGCUUGCCGCGGUUUUAUUUUUAGAGCUUUAAUUUUAGACAAAGUUACCAUAUAUUGGUUGUGGUUUGAAUUUUAUUAGACCACCCUGUGAUAUCCCUCUUGGUCUAAUAGACUGAGUAUAUUUAUUUUUCCAGUGGGUAGAAGUUUUGAUCAGUUGAAUGUGUGUUACCACGUGGAAUCGGACUUUGAAAACAUGAAACCAGGUCUUAAUUAUGUGUAAAUGCCACACAAAAGAAAAAAAAAAGCCCACUGGAACCACAGUGGGGGCUGGAUUGUGGCACUCUUUGGGGUUUGUACUUGAACAGAAAUUCAUAUGAAGAAAGCCAUGAUGGUAUCUGUGUCAGUCUGUCUAGAUACAGGUUGUUUAUUUGUCCUUUCGAGCAAACUUGUAGAAAGUCUUGACACGUAUAUAUUGUCAGGUUUUGUCCACUAAAAUCAGCUUAAAGAUCAACUUCUUAAUGAAACCAGUCAGCAAUAACCAGUCAGUAACAAGUGUGACAUUUGCCCAGAACGAGUUCAGAGUCCUACUGGGUCAGAUCAGCCUCCCAGUUAGUUCGCUGCAGUGUAACAGAGAAAGUGUCGGCAAUCGGUCUUGAAUCCCCUUCACGUGUUUUUUUUUUUUUAACCGAAACCAAUCUCAAUUUCCAAGCCAUGGUGAGGCCCAUAAUGGGUCUCUGCAACCUGGAAAACUUGGAUGAUUUCUAUCUAGGUAUUGAUUUUAUUUUAGCUCCUACAAAUGCCAAUUUCCACUGGAGCAUUACCCAUGGUCCUGUGGCAGCCAUCUAAAGUGUGACGAGAAAUAAGAACUUGUAUAUGUCGAUUUGAUUGGGGAUUUUGUUUGCACUCAUGCAAGUUUUGUACUGCCACCUCGUAAUACUUCAAGGAAUAAGGGUCGCUCUGUCCCACACUUUUUUUUUCCUUUUUGUUUGAUUCCCACUCUGGCUUAACCGAACAAAAAUUCUAGCCAGUUUCUCACUUUCAACCGAGUACUUCCCUGCUGGUCAAACCGUGCCAAAUGUUCAUGAAUACGUCUUAAGAGAUUAUACUAACUUCAGAAUAUGACCUCUCGCUCUCCAUGUUUUCCAUUUGUACUUAAGUGGGCACAGAGAAAUGAAGGGUAGAGGUGUGUGUUUGUAAUUCUGUGUCAUUAUGUAAAUGUACAGUUUGUAAAAUGUCAGUUUGUUGCACUAUAUGUAAGCAUAUGUUUUUAACUUAUUUCUACAUCCUCUAUACUUACAGUAGCGCUAACAGGCAGGGAUGCAAAAUGGCCACUCUAUUUUUUUUUCUACUGCUAAGGCAUUCUCAUAAUGUUCAAAUCAUUUGAAAACAAAAUGCCUGUGGCUGUUUCCAUGUCUGAUGAGGUAAAUUCGUCAAAUUGACUGAAAUGCAUGGUGUCAUGGCCUCCCUUUAAUCUAAUCUAAUUUGAACAGAAAUGAAACAUCAAUCCCAGAGCAGUGUUUGUGCUUCCUGACUUUCUGCAACCAUAGGCCCGAAUCAUGUGGACCUUUUUAACACUAAAGGUUUGUGCUGAAUGUUUAAUAUUAAAUACUUGAGAAUCGCUUUUGUGCUUAUGUUGUUUAUGUAUUGUAAAAACUGUUAUUGAGCUUCAUAACAUUGAUAUAAUUUUCAUUCUAUCUGUUUUCUUUUUUUUAAUUGUUGGUUGUGUCAGAGGCCAUUGUAUGUAUGACUUUAUGUGUGUUUAGUUUGUGUAGAUGUAUGCAUGCUGUUUUUCAUGUAAAAUUGGAUCGUGAUGGAAUACUGAUGAUGGCAAUCAUUUUUGAUUUUAAAAUUUGGAAAUAAACGGUUCUAGUGAA